GACGAAUAAUCUACCUCAGUCGGAGAUGUUUUCACACGAGUUUAUAUAAAAAAGUAUUUUUACAGCGAACACGUUUAAGUUAUUAACAUAUAAAAUAUUUUUGAAAGUAUGUUUUUUAAAGUAAUAGAAGAAGAUAACUGAAAUUUUCAAAGGAUUAUUUGCAUAAUUAUUAAGAACAAAUUUACCGAUUGAUCGCGAUGAAUAAGACAUUAGAGGAGCAGCGAAGACAACUUCCUGCAUAUGCAGUAAGACAAAACAUCUUAAAUUGUAUACAAACAAGCUCAACCUUGAUAUUGAUUGGUGAAACUGGAAGUGGAAAAUCAACACAAAUUCCUCAAUUUAUCCUAGAAAGUGGAAUGCUUAAUAAAGGAAUGGUUGGUAUUACGCAGCCUAGAAGAGUAGCAGCUAUUACAUUAUCAAAAAGAGUCUCACAAGAAAAAAUGCGACAACUUGGUGAUGUUGUUGGAUAUGCUGUUCGUUUUGAAAAUUGUACCUCAGAAAACACAAAGAUAAAAUACAUGACGGAAGGAAUACUUUUAAGAGAAGCAUUGAAUGACAGAUUUCUCAAAAAGUAUCAAUACAUAAUAUUAGAUGAAGCUCAUGAACGCACAGUCAACACAGAUGUUCUAUUUGGUAUUGUCAAAUCAAUUCAGAAAGAAAGAAGUAUGUUUCGCAUGCAAGAGCUGAAGAUUAUCAUAAUGUCAGCAACAAUGGACGUUGAUCAUUUCUCAAAGUACUUUAAUAAUUGCACAGUGUUGUAUAUGCCAGGAAGAAUGCAUCAAGUGCAAGUUAUGCACUCUAAACAUAGACAAGACGAUUAUAUGUUUGCAACGCUUGUGACAUUAUUCGAAAUUCACAGAACGGCUCCACUCCAUCACGAUGUUCUUGUUUUUCUCACAGGAAAAGAUGAAAUCGAAUCAAUGACGUCUCAAAUAAGAAACAUCACAAGAUCGCAUGAUUUAGCUGGUCAACCACCGUUAAGAGCUUGGCCUUUACAUUCAGCCCUUCCUGCUCAAAGACAACUUGAAGCAUUUCAACGCUCAGGAGAAAAUUACCGAAGAGUUGUCGUUGCAACAAAUAUCGCUGAGACGUCAAUUACAUUACCAGGAAUCAAAUAUGUGAUAGAUACUGGCGUUGUGAAGACGAGAAAGUUCGAUCCAAUUACAGGUCUUGAUUCGUUGAAAGUCACAAAAAUUUCACAAGCACAAGCAUGGCAACGAACGGGCCGAGCCGGACGUGAAUCUGAUGGAAUUUGUUAUCGAACGUACACUGCAAAUGAAUAUGAUUUAUUUGAGAAAAUGACAAAGCCAGAAAUUUUACGUUGCAAUUUAUCGUCAACAAUUCUUCAACUUCUUGCACUUGGCAUAAAUAUUGAAACAUUUGAUUUUAUGGACAAACCACCAAGAGAUUCCAUUGAAGUUGCAUUUAAACAAUUAAAGCAACUUGGAGCAAUAAAAUCUGUACAAAAUCCACAACUCACUGAAACUGGACAUCGAAUGUCGAAAUUUCCAAUUGAUCCAAUUUAUAGCAAAAUUAUCAUUUCAUCACCCAAGUUUGAAUGUGUCAACGAUAUUCUGGACCUUGUUGCAAUUUUAUCGACAGAGAAUGUUUAUUGUGAACCAAAUCAGAAUAAUCGUGAUCAAGCAACAGCUCAACAUUCAAAAUUCCAAACACGUUAUGGUGAUCAUCUUACGCUGCUUAAUAUCUUCACAGAAUAUAAAAAACAUAACAAAAGCAAACAAUGGUGUACUGAACAUUUCUUAAAUCAAAAAAGUCUUCAAUAUGCAUUUGAAGUGCGACAGCAACUCGCAGAGAUUUGCGAUAACGUCAAUGUUUCAAGCCAAGCAGAUUCACCUCAUCAUAAUGUAGAUCAAAUUCGCAAGUGUCUCAUUACCGGACUCUUCAACAAUGUUGCUGAAUUGCAACAACGUGACAAUCAUUACAUUGUCAUGGCGAAUCGUCAAAGGGCAAUGAUCCAUCCAUCGAGUGUUCUUAGUGGUUACCAUGCAAAUCUCAAUGGUUUUUCGAGCAGUAGCAAUGGCAAUGGAAUUAUAUCCAACAUGGGGAAUAAGCUUAAGGAUGCUCAUAAUCAAAAAGCAAAUUAUGUUUUAUUCAGUGAAAUUGUGCACACUACUCAGGUGUACUUAAGAACAGCAACGAGAAUCGAACCAGAAUGGAUCCAAGAAGUCGUGCCAGAUUGUGGAUAUGCGAGUAGAAUUAACAACAAUCAACUUUAACAGUUAAUUUUCCUUAUGAUUUUUGUCUUUGUAAUGCAAACAGAAUUUACCUGAACUAUGCGUGUUGUUUUAUAAAAGAAAAAGAAAUUAAAAGCUGCCAAAAGAAGAAAUCAUAAAAAGUAAACAAAAGCAUUUGAUUGUGUUACAAAUUAAUGUUUUUUUUUGUAUGUUUUUGUUUUAAUUAAAAAUUAAAUUUAUUCUCAUUUUACAAAAUAAACA